UAGACACUAACUAAAGCUCCAUCAAACCAAAACUCCCUCAACCCAAUUACAAACCGACUGGCUUCCCUUUUUUUUUUUCCUUAUCUACUUUGAAUAUUUUCCUUAAAACCUUUUGCCACCGUACUUCCCAAAAGUAAAUCAGGCAAAAAUGAUGCAGUCGUUUGCCGAGCUGCAAUCGACGGCGACGUCUCUCUUCACGGCGUACGCAUCCAUGGCCGCCACCAUGAUGCUGAUGAGGUCAAUGGUCAACGACAUUAUCCCCCAAUCCGUGAAGGACUAUCUAUACUCCUUCCUCUCUUAUUUAUUCACCCCAAAAUCCAACCAGACCACAAUCGUCAUCGACGAGCAAACCGGCAUGAUCCGGAACCAAGUCUACGAAUCCGCCGAGAUUUAUCUCAGCACCAAAAUCUCCCCUUCCACGGACCGCUUCAAGGUCAACAAAACCCCCAAGCAGAAGUCCAUCAACAUCACCAUCGAAAAGGACGAGCCCAUCACCGACACCUUCGCUGCCGCCGGCGGCGGCGAUAAGAUUCAAUUGACCUGGCGUUUCGUCUCCCUCGACCCCAGAAACGACAAUCAAGUUUACACCCCGGAGAGGCGGUACUUCGAGCUCAGCUUCAACAAAAAAUACAGAGACACCGUCAUGGAUGAAUAUCUGCCUUUUGUGUUGCAGAGGGCCAAGGAAAUUAGGGACAGUGACAAGGUGGUUAAGCUUUACACGAGGGAUUGUCCUUAUUCCGAUGAUGAUUAUAAUGGAGGUGGCGGUAAUGGAGUUUGGGGGUCCAUCAAUUUGGACCACCCUGCGACAUUUGACACUCUGGCUAUGGAGCCAGAGAUGAAGAAGGCCAUAAUUGACGAUUUGGAGAGGUUUGUGAAGAGAAGGGAUUAUUACAGGAGGGUAGGCAGGGCUUGGAAGAGAGGGUAUUUGUUAUAUGGUCCACCCGGAACCGGGAAAUCAAGCUUGAUUGCAGCCAUGGCUAAUCAUCUCAAGUUUGAUAUUUAUGAUUUGGAGCUCACAAGCCUGUUCUCCAACUCUGAAUUGAGGAGGAUCAUGAUUUCUACCACCAACAGGUCCAUUAUUGUGAUUGAGGAUAUUGAUUGCAGUGUGGAGAUGCACGACAGGCAGCUGGAUCAUGGUUUCACACCACCUUCUCACGAGGGAAGCAAUGCCAAAUUGACCCUUUCAGGGCUAUUGAAUUUCAUUGAUGGGCUGUGGUCUAGCGUUGGAGACGAAAGAAUCAUCAUAUUCACUACCAAUCAUAAGGACAAGUUGGACCCUGCUCUGCUCCGCCCGGGUCGGAUGGAUAUGCAUAUUCACAUGUCCUAUUGUACAGUUCACGGGCUCAGGAAAUUGGUUUCAAAUUAUCUGGACAUCGAUAGGGAUUAUAACCCCGGGGUUUUCGACGAAAUCGAGAGCUUGAUUGAUGGUUGUGAGGUGACUCCAGCUGAGGUUGCAGAGGAACUGAUGAGAAGUGAGGAUGCUGAUCUUGCUAUGGAAGGAGUACUCAACAUGCUCAAGAAGAAAAUGGCUAAUAAUAAUAAGUCAGUUGCUGAAGUGAAAGACGAUGAUGCACCAAGUCCUUCCACCCCAGAAGAUGAAAAUGAGGCUACUGAAGAACUAGGUAAAGUCCCAGAUUUCCAAGAGUCAAAAAGAAUGAAAACUGAUUUUGCAAUGAGGAGAGGAUUAAGAAGGAGGAGAGGGGGUUUGAGGGGUGGUAGUAGAUUUUUAGGGGCCUCAUACAGAUGAACAAUAUCCAUGCUGCUGUAUGUUCUCCCGCUUAACCAGUUUCUGGUGUACUACGUGGUGUUCUCUUUUGAUCCUAGAUUGUAAUGUACCUUAACGGAAGACAAGAUUUUGCAAGUGUUGUCACUUCCAGAACUCUGCUGUAAUGAGAGGAUUAAGAACUUGUGAAAAUUUAUGUGAAUGAAUAUGUGCCCAAAUCUGUUCUAAUGUCCCCCUCAAUUCUGCAGUUAAACUUCAUAUAUUCACUGCAGCACAUAGAAAUGAAAUUGUUGUAAUCCAGGGGUUUUAUUUUAAUGCCAGAUUUCUUUAAUCCAUGAUUGUUCAUGUGUUCUAUAGUCGAAUUUUCUCCCUUGUGCACAGACUUUCACAGUACUCUAAAGCAUCAAUCCCCCCCUACACACAAAGAAAAAGAAAAAGAACCAAAAAAAUACGGCCGAAGGAAAACACUCAAAUCACGUCUUUGCCAAUUUUGUACUCUGAACAAGAGUUAAAAAGUGCACAAAAAAGUGGGUAGCCUCGUCGUUUGUCCAAGAGUUACAAAAAAAAAAAAAAAAAAGAUGACAAAUUCAAAGGUUUUUUUCCCACUAAAAAGAGAAUAAAUUGAUCUAUGACUCAAAACCAAACUUUAAUUACUUUUAGCUGUGCUCCUUUACGAUCUGCUGUCUGCUUUUGCCGCCCAAAGCAGCAUAUUUGUAGUUACCAUUAUAUUAUAAUUAUAUUAUAAUAAAAGCUAUAUGAAACAUGAUCAACAUUUAUUCUAACUUAGUUGCCUCUCCGUCCCAAUAUUAUUGUUUAGUUUGGAUUUUUAUU